AAGAAGUAAAAUCACUUUGUCGUCAGCAGUCAGUGGCCGUCGCCUGGCAGGAUGUGUUCUUCGGCUGCCAUCUGGCGGUUUGCAGUGUAACCCCAAUGUUCCUGCCCCUAACAAGGCACUCGCUGGCAAGGAAACGCCGGAAAAAUGUCGUACGCCCGUGUAAUUCAUUAUGCCACUAGUAUUUUAUGUUGCAAUAAAGGGUCGAUGGAUUUUUUGCAACUUCACAGAAAGGUUUUCCAGCGUUUUGAGAUCACCGAGGACGAUUUCUGGUACAUAGUGAGAAAAUGUCCACGGUUUGCCGUAGCGAAAAACACAAGCGACAGGACCUCUGAAGAGUGGAGUUCGGACUACAUGAUUGUUGCAAAAACAUCCCUUCGGAUCUGCAAGAACUACACGAAAUACGAAUGCUCCGACUGCCAGGAGCUCCAUCUGUGCAAAUAUUUUGUUUAUGGAAACUGUAGAUAUGGGAAAGGAAGGAAGCAGUGUAAAUUCUCACACAAUGUCCGAUCAGAGCACAACUACCCGCUUCUGCGGGAGUGUACUCUCCACGAGCUCCAUGAAGACGACCUGUUCCUGCUGCUGCUGCAGAACGACCCGACUCUCCUGCCGGAGGUGUGCUCGCAUUACAACAAAGGGGCGGGGCCAUACGGCGCCUGUACCUUCAAGGCCAGCUGCACCAAGCUGCACAUGUGCCAGCACUUCAUCCAGGACGACUGCAUGUUCGGCCGCAAGUGCAAGCGCCUGCACACCAUCGACGAGUACGGCCGCCGCAUGCUGGAGGAGCGCGGCCUCAGCGGUGAUGUCAUCCACGACCUGCCCGACGUCUACAGGAACCUGUUCAGACUGAGCACCUACACCAGCCGAGAGGGCGCUGCUGAGCCGGUGGUGAGACCCACUGUGCAGAGUGAGGAGAGGAGCGAGAUCUGCCUGCAUUUCCUCAGGAGGAACUGCCGUUUCCAGGACCAGUGCAUUCGCAUUCACUUUAACCUGCCGUACAAGUGGGAGGUGUUCGACGGGGAGUGCUGGCGGGAUCUGAGGCGCAUGGAGGAGAUCGAGAGGGCCUAUUGUGACCCACGAAACACACACAGCCCUGGCUCCAGGCCUGUGGACUUCCUGGCGAUGAGGCGGGAUUCUGACCCGGUGCGCCGGCUCUCCACCGCCUCAUCCGUCACCAAACCGUCCCACUACAUCCUCACCACCGACUGGCUCUGGUACUACAAGGGCGACCAUGAGAACUGGAUCGAGUACGGCCGGCCGGACGAUAAGCAGCGUGUGACCUCGGUGGUGUCUCGGGAGCUGGAGGCGGCCUUCCUGACGGACAGCAGUGCGGAGGUCACCGUCAUGAAGGGCCACCGGCAGUACUUCCUCAGUUUCCAAGACAUGUACCAGCGCAACCCGAAGCACAACACCAAGCGCAGGGUGCGGAGACGGCCGCGGUUCGUGUCCAUAACGGAGGUGGAGAAUAAGAUUGCACGGUAAACGCCAGGAGCAGGAAGAGGGGUAGACUGAAGCAUUCUGGGAGAAUCAUCUGGGUACAUCAUGGUUGCCGAGGAAGCCGUUUGAGUUUGACUGUUCAGUCAGAAGCCUGAAGAUCUACUGUACACACCACACACACACACCACACACACCCACUCACCACUCACUCUCUCACACACACACCAGACACACACACACUCACUCUCACACACACACACUCACACCACACACACACACUCGCACCACACACACAUCACACCACACAAUACACACACACACACACACAAACAGUCAGUUGCCUCAGUCCAUCGCUGGCAGAGCUGUCAGGUGGUGUCACACUCCGAUAUUUAUACAUGUGCGAUGCCCUCCUGCUGUGAUCUGGAACAAAGAGGCCCGUGUCAGACCAUGAACUGGAGGCAAAGAUCACCCAGUUGGUCCCUGUGAGCUGUAAGAUCACCCAGUUGGUCCCUGUGAGCUGUAAGAUCACCCAGUUGGUCCCUGUGAGCUGGAAGAUCACCCAGUUGGUCCCUGUGAGCUGUAAGAUCACCCAGUUGGUCCCUGUGAGCUGGAAGAUCACCCAGUUGGUCCCUGUGAGCUGUAAGAUCACCCAGUUGGUCCCUGUGAGCUGUAUGAUUUUCUCCCACUUCUGCAGGACAGUGUAGAGAUGUUACAUGUCUACAUUACGCUACAGGCCGCCCCCUUUUCUUUUAACCCCUGAACCUCCAAAUGACACUUUUGACGUGCUAAGAAUGAUGAUAACAAAAGCACACGGACAUUGGGCCGUCACACAGCAACACUGUAAUUACGUUACAUUAAUGGCAUCUUAUUAAUUACGUUACAUUAAUGGCAUCUUAUUGUGGCUGCACCGGGGAUCGAACCCCCGACCUUGCGUGUCCCAGUCAUGUACCUUAACCAGUAUGCUUCUAUAACCUUUAUCAGUGCUGUUCUUUGUUGCUGAUAUACUCCAGUAAAUUUCGCCUCUCGAUGAGCUUGGAAACAUGGUCAGAACCCUGCAGAAUGUACAGUAUAUACUCAAUACAUACAGUGACUAUAUGUAAGAACAGAAUUAAACUGACAUGGGCAUUCAAUCAGCAAGUAAUUAAAAUCGUUAUUAUAAAAUUACUUCUAAAUCAUUGUCUCUGGAAAUUAACAGAAACUCCAUGUUAUUCAGUUGUUCAUGUUAUUUUGCAGAAUUGAUUAAACUAAUGACACAAAUAUAUACUGUACCUCUAAUGUAGAAGUUGUAUCCAACGUGUUGUGUUCUAACUGUCUUAUAAACUGUUAUUGAGGACA